AUGGACUCUGUUUUGGAAACUCAACGAAAGUUUCAUGAGGAACGUGAACGUUUAGUGGAUACGAUCGUCAAAGAGAUCAUGUCCGAGAAAAGAACUCAUAAAGCUAAAAUUAAUUCUGAGCACAGAGUUCGAGGCUUGCUAGACCGUUAUAAUGAAUGCACUGAAGAACUGUCUAAAAUAUAUCGCGACGAGGAUCGUGCAAGAGAAAGAGAAAUCGAAGCUGUUUCUGGUCCAAAUGAGUUUGCGGAGUAUUACUCACGUCUGAAGACUCUUAGAGAAGCUCAUCGAAGAAAUCCUGAUGAGUUGGCUGAGCCUUUGUCCCUUGAAUUCCAAAAAAUGGUCGAGGAAAUUAAUGAUCCUGAGAGAGAAGAACAUGACAUAAUUGAAUUCACUGAUGAAGAAGGAUAUGGAAGAUUCUUGGACUUACAAACCAUCUAUUUAAAUUACAUAAAUUUGAAAGGAAUUAAGAGAAUCGAUUACAUCGCUUAUUUGAGUAUUAUUGAUAAGUUCCAAGACAUCCAAAGAACUUCCACGAAGAAAACCGGAGCUUAUAAAGAUUAUUUAAUUAAACUCAAAGAUUAUCUUGUAACAUUCAUCAAUCGUACACGUCCUAUGUUUGAUCUAGACGAAGAAUUGGCUAAGAAUUGUGUUGAAACUGAGAAAGCUCUUGCUGACGGAAGUCUGCAAGGUUGGAGCACAGAGAAGGCUGCCGGAGUUCAACCUAGUGCCAUUGACCUUUCUAAAUAUAACAGUGCCCAGGAAUUGGAAGGCUUAGGUUUGGAAAGACUCAAAAGCGCUUUACAGGCCCUUCAAUUGAAAUGUGGAGGAACUUUGAAAGAAAGAGCUGAACGCCUCUAUGCCACAAAAGGACAAAGUUCGAGUGAUUUGGAGAAAAGUUUGUUAUCGAAGAACAGCGAAGAUGAGAGAAGGGAUCAGGAAAGAGUAAAAUUAUUGGCUAAGCUGGAAGGAAACAUCAAAUGUAUGUGCACUCUGUUGUCCACAGAGUUGGAAGAUACUAAGGAGAAUGUUGAGCGGAAACAAACCAGAGCCGCUGGCGAAAUCGAAGAGGAAGAAGAAGAAGUCGAGGUUGUUAGUGAAGAAGAAGAUACUGAUGGAAUACCAUACAAUCCCAAAAACUUACCGCUAGGAUGGGAUGGUCGACCGAUUCCUUAUUGGCUUUAUAAGCUUCAUGGCUUGAACUUAUCAUAUUCGUGUGAAAUUUGCGGUAACCAAACCUACAAAGGACCUAAAGCUUUCCAAAAGCAUUUCAACGAAUGGCGACACUCUCACGGAAUGCGUUGCUUGGGAAUUCCAAACACAGCUCACUUUGCUAACAUCACAAAAAUUGAAGACGCCCUCGAAUUGUGGGCUAAAAUCAAAACUGAAAGAGAACUGAUGAAAUGGAACCCCGAAAUGGAUGAGGAGUUUGAGGAUUCUGCUGGUAACGUUGUUAACAAGAAGAUGUAUGAAGAUCUUAAACGACAAGGUCUUCUUUAA